CACUAACCACAGAGGAUUACAAGAAAAAUACGAAGUGAAUGGUUGUCAAGUCCUUGGUCAACAAUGAAUAAAUUUUUGGUUACGUUAGUGUUAAUUAGUGCCUCCUUAAACAGUGUCCACAAUGCACCGUCACCUCAUGGUUUAUUGGGUGUUAAACCGCGAAGUAUAAUCGCUGACACUCUAGAUCCUUUAGGAAUAUUUCACAACAAACAAGCUUCCGGUGGCUUAACAUUUGGUUUAUCGGGUGGCUUAGGAGGUUCAUCUUCAUACGCAGAUAGCAACGCAAAUAGUGGAAGUUAUUCUGGCUCGAAUGGAGGAAGUUAUGCUGGAUCACAAGCAGGCAGCUAUGCCAAUUCACAGGCUGGCAGUACUGCUGGAAGUUACAGUGGUUCCAAAGCAUUUAGUAACGCCAAUUCUGGAAGCUAUGGUGGUGGGGGAAGCUCAGGAGCAUCAAGUGGUGCAUCUAGUUCUGCUCUAAGUGGAUCUGGUAGCAUAGGAUUUGGUGGAGGUGCCAAUGCAGGCUCACAAGCUAGCUCUCAAGCAAAUAGUGGAAGUUAUAGUUCUGGAAAUGGCGGAAAUUCCGGAUUUGUACCAAUAGCAUCUCCUGUUUCACAACCAAUUCCAAUACAAUCUGGAGGUGGCAGUUCUAGUGGUUCAAGAGCAAGUUCUUCAGCUGGAAGUCUUUCUGGUGGCUAUCAAAGUGGAGGUGGAGGAAGCUAUGGUGGUUCGAAAGGAAGUUCUUCAGCUGGAAGUCUUUCUGGUGGCUAUCAAAGUGGAGGUGGAGGAAGCUAUGGUGGUUCGAAAGGAAGUUCUUCGUCUGGAAGUUAUGGGGGAUCAAACUCUGGAAGUUAUCAAGAACCAGAUCAAAUUAUUAUUGUACAAUCACCAUCAAGUGGGGGAAGUUAUGGGGGUUCGAAAGCAAGCUCAUCGUCUGGAAGCUAUGGUGGGUCCAACUCUGGUAAAUUUCAUGCUUCCCCUGAAAUUAUUUCCGUACCAAAUACUGGAAGAUAUGAAAGUUCUGGAGGAUAUCAAGGUGGAUCAAACAAUCAAGGUUCUAGUUAUGGAAAUUCUGUGGGUGGUAGUUAUUCUGGAUCUUCAGGUUAUAACAAAGGACGUGGUGAUGAGGACAUUAUUUUAGUUAUCGAAGAUGAUAGUUAUAAUCGACCACGACCUCAACCACCACGUAGAAAACCUCAUCACAGACAUCGUUACGAUAAUGGAUACAAAGCUAAACCGGAAAAAGUAAUUAUAGUUGUUGAAGAAAGACCCUCUCAUCAAGGAGGUUCAUAUGGAGGAUCCUAUGGAAGCUCUGGUCAAUAUUCUGGCCAAUCAGGCAUGAAAGGAAAUUUGGGCGGUGGUUAUUCAUCUAGUAAUUCUGGAUCAUAUAGUGGAGGUAAUUCUGGGUCAUAUGGUGGAGGUAAUUCGGGCACCGUUGUGCAAGAAGUGAAGCCAGCUCCACCACCAUAUGUAAGCCCCCCACCAGUCAAAGUAGUCGAACCGGUAAAGCCUGUAAUUAGUAACGGCGGAAGUGGUAGCUAUGGAGGAUCAAAUUCAAAUUCAUAUGCUGGAAGUCAAGCAUCUUCAUUUAGUGGAUCAUCCAGCUCUGCUAAUUCUGGAAGUUCUGCAAACGCAGGAAGCUCUGCCAAUGCAGGAAGCUCUGCAAAUGCUGGUAGCCCUGCAAUUAUUGCACCACCAAAAGUAAUUGAAACCGUUAAACCAGCUCCAACUUAUGAAUCAAAUCCAUUUUUGACUGGAAGCUCUGGUAAUAGUGGUAGUGGAAGUGGUUCAUCUUCUGGUAGUACAUCUUCAGCUUUUAGUGGUUCAACAAGCAACAGUGGUUCAACUCAGAUUGCACCAGCUAAACCCGUUAUUCCUCAAACAUAUGAAUCAAACCCAUUCUUAAAUGGUAAAGCAACUUCUGGUGCUCAAUCAUCCGCAUUCAGUGGAUCAUCUGCCAAUUCUGGAGCAAACGCACCAGCAACACCUAUCGUAAGUCAAGGUGGAAAUUAUGGAGGUAAUUCGGGUUCAUACUCCGGUUCAAAAAGUCAAUCAAGCUCAAGUAGUCAAUCUUCAGCAUUCAGUGGUUCAAACAGUGGUGGUGGACAAACAGUUUUACAACCAACCCCUGUGCCCCAAAAAAUUCAACCUGUAGCUCCUGUUAAUAGUAAUGCCAAUUCUGGAGCUUAUUCAAGUAGCCAAUCGUCUGCUUCAAGUGGAUCAAACAAUGCUCCAGCAGUACCCCUACCUCUUAUCAGUCAACCAAGUGUAAUUCGCCCACCAUCGCGUGGAAAUCCUGGAUAUGGAUCAAGUGGAAGCAACGGAUAUUCUUCUAGUGGAAGCAAAUCAAAUUCGUAUAGUGGAUCUGGCACCAGAGUUAUACAACCAGUUGAAAUUAUAAUCGUAGAAAAACCUUCAAGGUAUGAAGGACAUUCUGGUUCAUACUCUGGAAGUGGAAGUCAAGGAGGGUCGUACUCUGGAAGUAAAUCUUCAAGUCAAUCAGGAUCAUACUCUGGUGGUAGCAAUAUUCAACCACAACCUGUGCCUGUUAGCCAAGGCGGUGGAUAUUCUGGCAGUAAAUCAACUGCUGGAAGCCAAUCAGGUUCAUAUUCAGGUAGUAAAUCAACUGCUGGAAGUCAAUCGGGCUCAUAUUCUGGAAAUAAUAAUGCCCCUGUUCAACCACAGCCAAUUGUACAACCUCAACCAGUUAUUCAACCCCAACCAGUUAUUCAACCCCAACCAGUAAUUCAACCACAACCAAUAAGUAAUCAAGGUAGCUCAUAUUCGGGAAGUCAAUCAAGUGCAAAUAGUCAAUCAAGUGCAAAUAGUCAAGCUGGAUCAUAUUCAGGAAGUGUUCAAGCACCUGUCCAACCUCAACCAGUUAUACAACCCCAGCCAGUUAUUCAACCCCAACCGGUGAUACAACCUCAACCAGUCAUCCAACCCCAACCAGUUGUUCAACCUCAACCCAUUGUGAGCCAAGGAGGGUCAUAUUCCGGAAGCAAAUCAAAUGCCGAAAGCCAUUCAGGAUCACACAGUAGCUCCAACUCUGGAAGUAGUGCUGGCGGUGGUCAACAGCCAAUUGCGCCAUUUGUUAGUGAGGCGCCACCAAAACCGAUAAUUUCCACCCCAAUUCAAAGUGGUGGUAAUUUAGGAGGAUCAUAUUCUGGAAGUAAUUCUGGCUCAUAUUCUGGCAGUCAAGCAUCAUCAAAUGCCGGUAGCAUUAGUGGAAACAUUUCUCCCGCAAUUCCACCAAUUUCCACAAAUCCUGGAUACUCUGGAGGAAAUUUGGGAGGAGCUUCUAGUGGAAGUAAUGCAGGAUCAUACUCUGGUAGUCAAUCUGGAGCAAGUUCUUCAGCAAAUUCAGGAUCUUCAGCUGGAAGUCAAUCAAGUGCUUACAGUGGAUCAGGAGCUAAUCAAGGCGGUGCAAUACAAUUCCCAGACUCUCUCGUUAGAGUUCCCAUUGCUACUCCAUACGAUGGGAAUGCGGCUGGAGGUGGUAGUGGUGCCAAAUCUUUUGCACAGUCAGAGAGUUCCUCAAAUGCAUUUGGCGGCGGCAGUGGAGCACAAUCUGCUGCUCAAUCACAAGCGGGUUCAUAUUCAGGCGGAGGAGGUAGCUCAUCUAGUUCAUCGGCUAGUAGUUCAUCAAGUUCAAGUGGAUCAGGAGCAAGUUCCUUUAGUUCAUCGAAUUCAGGAGCUGGUUCAUUAAACUUACCAUUUGGUUCCUUAAAUUUAGCUGGAUCGUUCAGCAAUUCUGGAGCCAUUGGUCUUCGUAAAUAAAAUUUUUGUGAUAGUAUUCAUAUUUAAACUGUUUAAUUUAAGAAUUAUAGGAUAAUUAAUAAAAUUUUUAUCUGUGAAAAUAAAAGUAUUAUGUUCGGCUAAGCAACUCUGAAUUAGGAAUUAAAAGCAAAAAAAACAUUUCUUCUAUUGUUUUUAAAUG